UUUUAAACCCUUUGAUCACCGCGGGUGGCCGCGCGCACAGCCGCGCGCCGGACCGACCGGACAAAUCUCUUCCUUUUCGUGCAAAUGAAUUGUAAAUUGAUUCAUCGUUGAAGAACAGACGUGUCGUCUAUUCUGCUCUUCCUCUCCUUCGAGGGAGAAACCCGAUUCUCCUGCGUGCACGCGUCUUCGAAUAUCUUGCUUCAAUUAAAAGCGGUUUAACUUCCAAAUGAUGUAACACUUUCAUCGUGUAACUUGCGCAACUGGCUGAUUUCCCGCAUCAUAUCCGGUUUUCUUUUGAUCUCAUCGUUCGGAGGCCGACGAGAUGGUAUCGCGAGACAUUUGGUUCUUUAUUUUUCGCGAGGUACCCGCGUGAUUUCUAAGGAAGUGAAAAUGUGUUUCGGCUGCGUUAUCGAAGACGCGGAGAUUAGAAGAUUUUCUAACAAAUACGUGAGAAACUCUCUACACACGAUACUUCGAAAGUAAGAUUCCACGUAAGCGAUUCGGCAUGAACUCGUCAAAGCUGUCGCGGCUCGCCGCGAUAAUAUCGUUGGUGAUCGUCAACGCGCGAUCGUGCGGCGCCGAGUCGAGCGGCGAGUAUCUUCAGAAGGUGAUGCUCGAGCUCCAGGAAUUAAAUGUGCCGUCCAACAGCCUGACGAUGUACGACCGGUUGUCGUCGAUGAACCUGGGUUAUCGGCAGGCGGCCUAUCACGGUCAGGACAACAGGUAUCGCAAGGUCAGCACCAACAACGUCCAUCAGGAUGUGCAGAAGCCGAUCGCGGUUGUGCCUGUCGAGCACGUGGACGUGGCUCACUCCACCGCGAACAAUAUAGCGCAGUAUUACGCGGUACGCGACCCCACCGCCGCGGCCAGUUACCCGAAGACGAAGCAGCCGGAGCCGCUGGCGUUCACGCGAGCGGAGCUGGCCGCGUUAUACAAAAAGGCCUUGGAAAAAGGGUCAGCGAUCAGCGUGGCGUCGUUAACGCAGGCUCUCAACGGCAACGCGCCGGCCCAGGCCGACCAUCCGGAGCUACCGGUUAAACCGAUGUACAACUACUACUUCUUCCCGCUGAAGAGUUUCGCGUCCGAGCUGCAGAGGGAUCAUCACCAGGCCGCGAUCGUUCCAAUGUACGCGGCUACGGAAACCGUAGAGAGCACGCAAAAGCAGCUUAUGAAUCCGCUCUUCGUGGCGAUCGGCACAUUCAUCAGCAUGGCGCUCCUGUUUAUGAUGGGCGUGCUGUUUUUACCGAAACUGCCUCACUUGAUUUACAACGCGCGAUUAGCUGACAACGACGACUUUCUGCGUCUGACAACUCUUGUGAUGAAUGCCAUAGACGGACGCAAUCGCUGGCAGAACUUCAGCACAGCCAGCUGAGGAUACGUAAUGCAAAAUCCAAAGCACUGCAUUCUUACACUAGAGAUUGAAAAUACCUGUGAACGUAUAUGUCGCGCUGUGCGCGAAACGUUUGGGCCGCAAACGACAGAGAGAAACGAGUUAACGGCUGCUAAUUGCAAAAGGGAGGAAUGUUUAGUGUAUAUACUAGUACGAAGUAAAUGUAUUAUAAAUAUCAUUGUAGGAACUUACGUUAUCACUAGGUAUUACAAGACACUUAAUCUAAAGCUGUAUUUGUUCAAUCAGUAAGGAUUGAUAGAUCGGCAUUAACAAAAGAUAAUAUUUAUUUAGUAUAACAUUAUCAUAUACUGUAUACUUUUAUUUUUAAAAACGUGGUAAACUUUUGUACAUAAAUAUUGAGAUAAUACUAAUCAUGAAGAUGAUCAACUAGAAAUAAACUAUAAAUAUGAGAAAAUACCAUUAAAUAGUACUACGUGAACCUACGAACGUGUUGCUGUGCUCCUUUCUCUUUUUAUAGUACACGUACUAAUAA